UUCUCAUUUGUGUUGGGAGAUUCAAAAUUAAUCUAUGUACGUAAAAAAAAUUUAAAAAAUUAUCUUAUAUUUAUAUAUAGAAUUCUUAAAUGGAUUCGAAUGAACAUCCUGACAACACCUAAAUUCACCGAAAAUGAACAACCUAUGGUCCACGAUUGUAGAGAACAUGACAAAUCCCACAAAUACCCCUCACAUGCAUCAUCUUAUCUCUCAAUAAAUUUUUAUCUCUCAAAAAUUUAAUUUCCAUAUCCACACUACAUUCAAAGCACCUCCCCAAUGUGUGCUUGUUUGCACCAAUACAUCUCUCACAUUUAUUUAUAGCUCCAUCUUAUAUACUGACCUUUUCAAUGAACACACACACACAUAUAUACAACAACAAAACCAAAAUUGUUAGAAAAUGGUGAAUUACAAGGGGGGGAAAUUGUUGAAGCACCAAAGGAACAGAGUUAGCUUUUCAGCUAAAUUGCCUGAAGAUGUUCGCGGGGCGUUCGCGGAUAGUACAUGUGUUGUGAAGUACUCAAUGGAUCCAUUGACAGAUAUAAAAGAAUCUAUAAAAGAGAUGGUGAAAAAUGUUGGCAUUAAAGAUUGGAAAGAGAUGGAGGAAUUGGUGUACUGUUACAUUGUUCUUAACUCUGAAGAGGUGCAUUGUUUUAUAAAAGAGGCUUUUCUUAGUUUAUGCUCUUAGCUUCCUUCUUAUAUAGGUUUUAUUAUAUGCUAUUCAUUUUUAGCAUUUUUUUAUGUUUGUUUAUUUUAUAGACAAUGUGAACGGAUGUUUACACGAUUAAUGCAAUUUAAAGUGUUGUGAGAGGUUAUUAUAUAUGUACACCUCGUUUUAGUAGUUUUAUGAUAUUUUGUUUAAUUCCGAAAAUUUAUGUUCCCGUUAUUCCGAAAAUACCACUAUCUUGAAGAACAAGACACAGUAUAACAUAACUUGAGGAAGAAACUUCAUUUUGUUGCUAUUUGCUCUUACUCUAAUUAUCUAAAAUUUUACUAACCCGUUCUCCAAUCGAAUUUCAAUAUGAAUAUCGGAAGAUCAAGCUCUGUGAACAAGCUUUGGCUGCUAAAUCAUCACAUUCAUUCACGAACAAUAUCCACAACAACUUCUUCUCUAGUUACGAAGCAAACCUCCAAGCAGCUGCCGUCACGUCACCUAUCUCCUUCCUUUACUUCCACUACCGUCCGCCAUUUUUUCUUCCGUUCUCGAGAUCCAUAUGCCAAGUAACUAAUUGUUGUUUUUUUUUCAAAAUUUCGUAUAUGUGUGAUUUUUGAUUUUUUGUGUUGUGAUGAAGGUAUCACGUUCGGGUGCCGUUGAAUUUGGGAAUUCGUAUAGUGCCUGAGAAAAAGGCGCAUGUAGUUGAACGAUUUGGGAAAUAUGUGAAGACAUUGACUCCGGGAAUUCACUUUUUGAUCCCUUUUGUUGAUCGAAUUGCGUAUGCGCAUUCUCUCAAGGAAGAGACUGUUCCGAUACCUAACCAGACUGCGAUUACUAGAGACAAUGUUAGCAUUUCGAUUGAUGGUGUUCUUUAAUAUCAAGACUGUAUCCAAAAUUGGCGUCAUAUGGAGUUGAGAAUCCAUUGUAUGCGGUAAUUCAACUAGCACAGACAACUAUGCGUAGUGAGCUUGGUAAGAUCUCACUUGAUAAAACCUUUGAGGAAAGGGACACUUUGAACGACAAAAUAGUGCUGGCCAUUAAUGAUGCUGCAAAAGACUGGGGACUGAAAUGUCUUCGUUAUGAAAUAAGGGAUAUAACUCCACCUCGUGGGGUUAGAUCAGCUAUGGAGAUGCAAGCUGAAGCGGAACGUAAAAAAAGAGCUCAAAUUUUUGAGUCAGAAGGGGAGAGACAGGCAAAUAUAAACAUUGCCGAUGGAAGGAAGAGUUCAGUGAUCCUUGACUCAGAAGCUGCAAAGAUGGACCUGGUCAACAGAGCACAAGGUGAAGCUGAAGCCAUUCUCUCUAAAGCACAAGCUACGGCAAAAGGAAUUGCGUUGGUGUCACAAACCCUUAAAGAGCAUGGAGAUGCAGAGGCAGCAAGCUUGAGGAUUGCAGAGCAGUAUAUCCAAGCCUUCAGUAGCAUCGCAAAGGAGGGCACAACAUUGUUACUUCCUACAAAUGUCUCUGAUCCUGCCAGCAUGGUUGCUCAAGCUCUUCACAUUUACAAAAACUUAACGAGCAAGAAUGUUGGCAUUGAGCAAACUAAGUUGAAAGUGAGUGAUUCAUUUGAAGUAAUCAACAAUGACAGCUUUAUUACUGAUAAAUCGACUAAUGAAGAUGACGAGACUGAUGGAGAUGACAAGAAGGAUCACUAAGCGCUUUGUCUGACUCAUCUAUAAAGUAGCUUCACUUUUUAAUUAGCCAUUAUGGAUUAUCUAGGUUUAUAUUCAUUGACAGUCUAAGUAGAUCUGGUCAAUGAUAGGAUUCCUAUUCUUUAUUAUGGACUUGCUUCCACCAUUUGUUCGGACUAUUGUGUUACUAAGAAUGGAUAUAAAAUUACAUGAUUUUGAGAA